CAAGGUAAAACAGAGAAACACAGGCUAACACAGAGUAACACAGGGGAACACAGAGUAACACAGAGUAACACAGAGUAACAAAAAUAAAAAAAGGGUAACACAGGGUGACACAGAGUAACACAGAGUAACACAGGGUAACACAGAGGAACACAGGGGAACACAGAGUAACACAGAGUAACACAGGGGAACACAGCGUAACAUGGGGGAACACAGAGUAACACAGGGUAACACAAGGAAACAGCAGGAGAACACAGGGGAACAUAGGGAAAACAGGAUAACACACAAUAACACAGGGUAACACAGGGCAUCACAUGCUAACAAAGGUAACACAGGGGAACACAGAGGAACACAGGGAAACAUGGGAGAACACAGGGUAACACAGGAAAACACAGGGAAACACAGAGUACCACAGGGAAACACUGGGUAACACAGGAAAACACAGGGUAACACAGAGUAACACAGGGGAACACAAGGUAACACAAGGGAACACAGGGUACCACAGGGGAACACAGGGGAAAACCGGU